AUGAAAACCAGGAAGUAGCUUCUUCCUUUGCUCCUUUGCUUUGAAAGAUGGAGCAAACUCUAACCGAGCCCCGUCAAAAGACAUUUACUUGCCAGUUGUGUGAUUUAAGCAGCCCUUUCAUUUACUACGGCCAGAAACCACCAAACACCAGAGCCAUUGUGCUGCUGGAGGAGUGUUUUGUGACCCAGGACCCCUUCAGUCCGGACAAGGAGAAGUUCCUGGUGUUGGGCUCUACCUGCAGCCUGUGCAGCAAGUGUGUCUGUGUUGGAUCGGACUGCAGUCUUUUCUACACCAAGAGGUUCUGCAUGCAGUGUGUCAACAAACACUUGGACCAGUUCCCCCAUCAGAUUCAGGCUGAGCUGGCCAAGAAGAAGCAGAGCUCCAAGGCUGCCGUCUCGUGACAUUGAACAAGAGGUCCAAACAAGAACACUCAUUUGAAUGUGUCAAGGUGCUUUACCAGCACUCUUUGUACACACUUACACUGGACCAACACCAUCUGAUAAAUGAAAACACUCUGUAAUUGAUUACUUUUAUUUAAGUGGAAAAUUAACACCAUACAUGCUCAUGUCCAGGAAAGUGAGGCUGCUGCUCUAACCUUGAAGGUGUUAUUUGUUUUGAGAGAGUUUGGUAGAAGCAAGCAGCGGGUGUGACCACUGUUGCCGGACCCCUGAUGGAUUGUGGUUGCGGGCUCAGAGUCAGCCCCGCUGGAUUGCAGCAAUUAAAAAUAUGAUGUCAUGCA